CUAGUCUGGUGGUUUUCAGCACACUGUGAUUCAGGGUCUGAAAAUCACAGUUCAGACCCAAUCAGGGCCUGAACUGAGCACCUAACACAACCGUGGACCUAAAAUUUGCAGCAGAGCAGGUGUCAAAGGGAUGGAACAGCUAUUCUGGCAUCGGUACUUCCACGCUUUGCUCAUUUGAGGAAGUGAAAAAGAGCAAAUAGGAUAAGGGAAGGUGUUAAGGUAUUAAAGCCAAGGGCCUGAGCUGAGUGAGAUCCUGGAGCCUUGUGAAAUUAAAGUCCAAAGUCUGAGAUGAACCUUCUGAAACCUUUUCUGAGUGCUGAGCUAAUGCUCUUUGCAGUGACAGCUACAGGACUGCAUAUUAUGCCCCGAGAGGGCAGCGUUGUUGGAGGAACGUGGAUUACUAUUACCCUGCCUGAUUCAACAUCCCACCAGCCUGCCUCCUCAGCCAGUGGGUCCCAGCUGGAGGUGUCCCUGGUGAAUCCAGGCCUGCCCAGGUUACCAUGUGAUAUUUCUCCUGCAUAUUUUGACUUAUCCACCAUAAGAUGCAGAACAAGGUCUUCACCUCAGGAGGGUUUGUACUAUGUGGAGGUGACCUCUGAAGGACAGGUGAUUAACAACCCUACCGAGGUGGAGAAAGACAACUAUACUUUCAAGUUCUCUGCUGCGCAGACACCUGUGGUUUACCAAAUUAGUCCACCAUCUGGCAUCCCAGGAAAUCUGAUAGAGAUCUAUGGGAAGACAAUUGCUGGAAGAUAUGAAACCCUGGACUUCGAUGUUGAUUAUAUUGAUGGCCCAGCUUUCCUUGUGGCAGAAGUAGAUGGAUGGACCAGUCUCUGCUCUUUUGCCAACAAGCAAGCAAGAAGCAUCUAUCCUAUUCGGGUGGAAAAUGGACUGGGGACCCUGCAGUGCCGGGUGGAAGGCAACCACAUAGGGUCUCACAAUGUUAGCUUCUCAGUGUUUAACAAAGGAAGGUCAACAGUACACAAAGAUGCUUGGCUCAUCAGUGCCAAACAGGAGCUUUUCUUGUAUCAGACCCAUUCAGAUAUAGCCUCUGUGUAUCCAGCUGGUGGAAGUCUUGGAGGAGGCACUGACCUCACUAUCAUGGGGGAUUUCUUCGAGGAGCCAGUGCGGGUCACUGUUGCAGGUGUCCUCUGUAAAGUGAAGCACCUUUCUCCCCAGAAAAUCAGCUGCACCACUGAGCCUGUUGGCAAGGACAGCAGGCUUACUGCCCCCCAGCCAGGAAACAGAGGGCUUCUCUUUGAAGUCUGGGAUGAUGCCUCUGAUCUGACAGAAGCAGGCCCUGGAUAUAGAUGGCAGUUUGUACCUAAUGCCAGUUCCCCAGUAAGAUUUCUGUCUGGGGCAAAGCAGUCAUUCAGCUCCAGGCUUCGUGGAUUUUUUGUGGCUCCUCAGACCAACAAUUAUACCUUCUGGAUUCAGGCGGACGGUCCAGCAUCUCUAUACUUGAGUUUGUCCCAAGAUCCAGGAUGUAAGGUAAGAAUAGCUUCUCUCCCUGCGGGCAAUUCUGAGUGGUCUGAGCACUGGGAAAAUAACUGGAAUGAGAGCUGGCAGCCAAAAUCCCCCAAAUUCGAGCUAACUGCUGGCUCGAGGUACUACCUGGAAGCGCUGCAUCAUGGCAAGGCACCCAGCAGCGGGAUGAGAGUUGGCGUCCAGAUACACAACACGUGGCUGAAUCCCCAUGUGGUGAACACCUACUACCUGGAGAGACAUGAAAUUCAGGCUCGUGCCUUGCGACUUCCAGAAGUGCAGAUGUUGACUGUGUCGGGUACGGGGUGGUUCAGCAUCUCCUGGAAUGACGUAUUCAGCAACAUGAUUCCCACAAAUGCCACUGCUCGCCAGGUACAAGUAGCAAUAGAGGAACUUCUUUCAGUAAGAUGUGAAACUGAGCCAUCUUCUGCUAAAAUCCUUUUUCGGAAUGGCUUUGAGAAAGACACAAAGGACCCUGUUACCACAGGGCGCAUUAUCAGUGGGACGGAGCCCUUCUGUGGGAGGUUCAGCGCUCACAGACCAGAACAGCUGGUGAAAACUUCCCCAUCAACUUGGCUGAUAUAUGAUCUUACUGAAUACACACAUGUGUGUUUUGCACAUAAAGGCCAUAUGAGCAAAAUACUUCAUAUCUCAGUGUCUUACACCAAUGUCUUGUUUCGUUCAGUGAAGAGGAACCUCACCUGCCAAUGGGAUUUUAAUGAAAGUCACCUUGAAAGGUGGACGUUUACCUGCACCGAUCUGUGGAAGGGGUGUGUAAAUCGUUCUACACUCCUCCAGGACCUCCCUGCCAAUUCCCCGGUGUUUGUGUAUCAGAUUGAUUUGAUCCCCGAGGUGCAGAAGGAGACCUUUGAGUCAUUUUACCUUGAUGAAGUCAUCAUAACAGAUAGCAAUUUGACUGUUUCUCAGAGGGAUCCCAAACCACCUCGGCCAGCUGGGAAGAUAAUUGAAGCAGUAACUGUGGUGGGGUCUUCUCCCACUUACAAUGUGUCCUUGUUGGUGGCUGGUUGUGGUGCAAGUCUGCCCCUUCUCUCACUAAGAGAUGCUGUGCUUUUGGAUGGCUCGGAGGAAGAUGGCCACGUCUCUGUCUCCACGGAGGAUGCAAGAGUCAACCUCACUGUUCAGAGACUGCAAAAGUCAUCUCCACCUAUUGGAGGGACCUUCCGCAUCCACCUGGCCAGUACAGUGAUAUCAGGUGUCCCAGUGCACGUUUCCUCCCAUCAUCUUCGCAGGCUUUUGCAAGACAACACAGAUAACUCCACAGCCCCGUACUUCAACAUCAGUGAUUUCACAGUGACCAAGGACUCAAACUCUUGUUAUGAAAAUAUCUGGAUCCUGACUUGGAAAACAAAAACAGGGGACUUACCCAAUCUUAUAAGUGUCUCCGAUGAAAAACUCACAGGUCUGAAUCCAACUGUUGCUAGUCGUGUAGUUUAUGAUGGAGGUGUGUUUAUUGGGCCAAUAUUCGGAGACAUGCUUGCUACCUUCAAUAACAGAACCCAGGUGGUGGUGGCGGUAAACGAUGUCCUCGCAAACUGUUCUGGUUCAUGUUUUUUUCACUUCUGCCACGAAAUGACACCCUUAGUCAAUGAUGUGGAGUACGUGUCAGAUGAUGGGUCCCAGGCUACAGUAGUUAUCAGAGGAACUGGCUUCACUGAGGAGAAGCCAGCAAUACAGGUAAAGGUGAACAACUCAACCUGCAGUGUCAUAACCUUGAAUGAAACGGAAGUGGUUUGCCAAAUGGAGAUGCUGCCGGUUGGAGUCUAUCAGAUGACAUUACUGGUGAGACCUUACGGCUUCGCACUCAACGCCAGCACAGGAGAGAGCAUCUUCCUAAGAGCUGAGCCCAAGCUGGUGGCUGUUGAACCUCCAGCAGCUUCAGAGAUUGGUCUUCACCUGAGAAAAGGUGUCUUGGCACUUUGUUUGUACCCCCAAGGAGGACUGAGAGUCGCUCUCAGAGGAACUGGUCUGGAAGGGAUAAACCUGGUGUUGUUCGGAUCUCAGCCUUGCCCAAUUUCUGAGAAUGCCAGAAAUUCAACAAGAAUUGAAUGUAAAGUUCCCUCUCGGGGGACAGAAGAUGCUGUUGUCCCUGUGACGCUAAUUUCUGGGCACUUGUCAACAACAGUCACCAACUUAUUCCAGUAUGAUCCUUCUUUAAACCCUGUGGUGGUAUCACUGAGCAGAAACAGCAGUGGCAUAGCAGGGGGUCAGGAACUCCAGAUUGGAAUAUCCUCAUUUGCCUGCUACCAAGGGUCAGAUAUCAAGAUCCAAAUUGGGGGUUUGUGGGCACAAAUUCAGACACAGACAGACCGUGGUGUCAAUGUGACGCUGCCAGCCCUGGCUGCAGGAUGGUACAAUGUUUCUGUCCUCAUCAAUGGUGUUGUCGUUGCUGCUUCAAAUAGGGUUGAGCUGUUAAUCCAGUACGUCUCCGAGAUCUUCAGCAUAGAGCCGUGUUGUGGCUCUUUACUGGGUGGAACACUGCUGACAAUCUCAGGAGUGGGCUUUAGCCAAAACCCUGCCUUGGUUUCUGUUUCAAUGAAUAGGCAAGCCUGUGUGAUUACCCACUUGGCAGAAGAGACCAUUCGGUGCCUGACCCCACCAGCGGCUAAUUUGUCUAAUGAAGAUUCGCAAGACCUCUCUGUCAGGGUAAAUGUACUCGUCAGCAGUAGGUCACUUCAACAGGCUCCUUCUGCAAAGAGGACCACUGUCUUCAAUUAUCAAAGGGCUUUGACUCCUCUGAUUACUACUGUUGAAACGGAGGUCACAGACAGCAGCUUACUCUUGAGCAUCUGGGGGGUAAACAUCACUGGAUCUGUGGCUAGACUUGGGGACAGUGAAUGUGAGCUUGAGUUUCAACGUGGCAACAAGUCUGCAGUGCUUUCUCAGUGCUUCUUACCGCUGAACAACCUGGAACCUGGGACUUACCCCAUUAGGGUUAUCCAGAGGCAGCUGGGAUAUGCUCACGUAGCAGCAAGGCUGCAGUCCUUUACAGUAACUCCACGGGUAACGUCCAUAUUCCCAACACAAGGAUCAGUUUGUGGUGGGAUGGUACUCGUUAUAUCUGGUACCGCUUUGAAAUCCAGGAGGAAUUUGGUACAGGUGAGCCUGGAAGGUAACUAUUCCUGUGAGAUUCAGAACUCUGAUAAUAACGUCAUUAGGUGUUUUCUUCUUCCAGGGGCCCACCCUUUACCUUAUGAGAGGGUGGCUGAGGCAUCUGGGGCUCUUAAUGUCACAGUGACUGUCAAUGGGAUCAGUAGUGUCUGCCUUGGAGACUGUACACUCCACCUGCGUGAGCAGUGGACGCCCCUUGUAGAUUUGGUGACCUGGGAGACUAAUGGGACAUUCACCUAUGUGAUGAUCAAGGGACAGACACUGGCAUGGCUAAGUGAGAGCCCUGUGGUACAGGUGAACAACCAGGCUGUCUGCAAGGUAACUUUCUGCAAUGAGACCAGCAUCAAGUGCCAGAUAGACUGCAUUGCCCCAGGGAAGCACAACAUUUCCAUAUCCAAUGGGAGAAGUGGGCAAGCCUGCUUCAGAAGGGCAUCCGAGGUUCUCACUGUCAUGCCUCAAGUGCACCAGUUUUACCCUGAAAACUUCAGUACUAAUGGUGGAGGCCUGCUCACCUUAGCAGGCUCAGCACUGAAAGGAAAGAGCAUGACUUCUGUUCUCAUUGAUCGUCAUCCUUGUCUUGUCCUCAAUGUCACCUGUACAGCUAUCCAGUGCACGGUGCCUCCUGGCAACGGGACUAGUGCUUUGAGGCUAAGAGUAGAUGGCAUCACCUAUUAUCUUGGAAGAAUAACUUACAGUGGGGAGUUCACCCCAGCUUUCCUUUCACUUAUGCCAACUGGGCAGCUUUUAACACUGACUGUAUCACAGGUCACAAGGAUGGACAACAUCCACGUAUUUGUUGGGGACCUUGCUUGUAGUGGUAUCACCAUCACUCAGUCUACUUUGCAGUGCUCAGCUCCUCCGCUCCCUGCUGGCGAGUACCAUGUGUCGGGCCUGGAUGUCUCCAGGGGCUGGGCUUCCUCCAACUUGACGUUCCUCUCUCACCUAUCAGUGACAUCUGUGCGUCACAACUGGGGUGGCUUGAAUGGAGGAACAGUUCACCUGCGUGGAACUGGGUUUUCCCCGGGGCAGACUUCGGUCACCAUCUGCGGCACCCCUUGUGAAAUUCUGGGCAACAUAACAACAACUGGCUUGAGCUGCCUUGCCCCACGCUUACAUGCAUCUUUGGCCGUUCUUUGUGGCUUGACGCACCCUGCGGUUGACUGCCGAGAAGCUGGGGCCACCUUCAUCAAAUGUGACGUCCAGGUCAUGGUGGCUUCCUACCGCCAGAGGCAGUCUGUAUCUUACUUGUACCUGUGCCACGACGGCCAGCCUCAGCGGUCCCAGGGGGGAAUCAACCCAUCCUGGAGGCGUUUUGUUGGACUCUUUGUCAGCCCUAAAGUGGAAAGAGAUGAAGUUCUCAUCUAUAAUAGCUCCUGUAACAUUACCAUGGAAACUGAGGCAGAGAUGGAGUGUGAGGGAGCUAAUCAGCCAAUUACCGCCAAGAUUACUGAGAUAUGGAAAAACUGGGGCCAGAACACUCAGCUUCCCCUUCAGUUUUGCGGCCGGUGGGCCGAGGACUGGAGCUGGCCUGCUGGCCACCAGCCGCGAGAUGGCGAUAACGUCACGAUAGAAGGAGGCCGGACACUGCUGCUGGGGACCACCACCAACAACCUCAACCUGCUACAUCUCAAAGGUGGUAAACUCGUGUUUACUGGUCCCGGACCUGUAGAACUGCAUGCUCAUUAUAUCCUGAUAUCUGAUGGAGGAGAGCUCUGGGUGGGGUCCUCCAAGGCCCCUUUCCAUCACAAAGCACACAUCUAUCUGCAUGGAAGCCUCCAUUCUCCACCAGUAUUUCCAUAUGGGACCAAGUUCCUGGCAGUGAGGAAUGGGACCCUUUCCAUGCAUGGCGAGAUGCCAAAAGUAGCUUUCACACACUUGGAAUCAUCAGCUCAUGUUAAUGACACUCGAUUAGUGCUACGGGAACCUGUUGACUGGCAACCUGGCGAUGAAAUCAUCGUGGGAGGGACAGGCCUUGGUGAUUCACCAUGGCAAGAGGAAAGGGCUGUUAUUGAAUCUGUGAACGACACUGAACUCUACCUUACGUUUCCGCUCAGGUACUCACACAACGUUGGAGAGGACUGGGUGAAUGGCCAAGGCCCGCCUUUGAGUGCUGUGGUGGCACUGCUCAGCAGAAGAGUCGUAGUUCAAGGAAGCAUCACGAAGGCGAGAAUGUCCCACCUCAGACAGUGUGCAAAAGCAGGUGUUUCAGGAGGAGGCUCCGGGUGUCUGUACCAGAGAAGCGAGAGGAAGCUGGGGUCUCGAGAUCUGGGGGCUGUCGUGGUUGUGGAGGCCUUCCAGGGAGAGGAGAAUCACCUCUGGGUGGAGGGAGUCCAAUUCCGGCAUGUGGGCCAAGCGUUUCAGCAGCACUGCAGCGCCCUGACCAUUGCUGGCAACAUGCAGAUGGCCGACUCUUACGUACGUGGCUGCUCUAUUUUGGACUCCUUCAGUCAAGGACUCCGUCUGACUGGGAUCUCAAACCUUACAGUGGACAGUAAUGUUUUCUGUAACAUUUCAGGCCAUGGGCUUCUACUGGGAGAGGGGCUGGAAAAGGGAAACAGAGUCAGUAACAAUAUAGUGAUUGGCCUUUCUGGAACAGAGGGUUUAUCCAACAGUGAAACACUGUCGCCAGCAGGGAUCUACAUCAGGGCUCCUGCCAACCACAUAGAGGGUAACACGGUGUGUGCUGCUGGGUAUGGGUAUCUGUUUCAUCUCUUGCCUGAGGGACCAUCCCAGAUACCUCUUCUCUCCUUCAGUGGGAACUUAGCCCAUUCCUGCACAAGGUGCGGUUUGCUAGUUUACCCAAAAUAUUUGCCAGUGAGCCCGGACAGCCCCGUGCAGUUCCAUGGCUUCACAGCAUGGAGCAAUCAAGGUGGAGCUCAGAUUUUUAGCAGCAGCAACCUUGAACUCCAAAGUUUCCGGAUUUAUGCUUGCAAAGACUUCGGCAUUGACAUCGUAGAAAGCCUGGGAAACACUUCUGUAGCUAAUAGCUUCUUAAUUGGACACUUUGGGCAAAAGGGUAGGACCUGUAUGUCAGCAGGGCUAAAAACUCCCAAAAGAUACCAGUUGUUGAUAUCUAACACAACUUUCAGGAACUUUGAUGUGAGUACUUGCACAGCAAUCCAGACCUGUUCUGGCUGUUACCAAGGGCAAGGUGGGUUCACAGUGAGAGCUGAGCGGCUGACCUUCCUCAACUCACCUUACCAAGUGUCCUUCCCCUUUCCUCACUGUGCUGUCCUUGAGGAUCUUGAUGGCUCUGUCACGGGGCAUGAAGGAAGUCAUCUCCUCCCUUCCACGGCCAUCCUUGCGAAGUCUUGUGCAGCCAGUGCCAACUUCAGUCAAGCUUCCAGGGGCAGUGUUUGUGGGAGAGACCUUGUUUUUCACCGUAUGUCUAUAUAUCUAAAAGAGGCUCCAGACAUCCCUUAUAAUUUAACUGUGACUGACAGUAGGAAUAAGACAACCACAGUCAAUUAUGUCCCUGAUACUUUAUCAGACCUGUAUGGCUGGGUGGUUCUUCUCUUGGAUAAAGAGACUUACGCUCUGACAUUUGACAAUCCUUUGGUCAGCAAGCAGCUUCAGUAUUCAGUGACAUUUAGCAACUUCAAGACGGGGAAUUACCUUCUGGUGGAACACAAGAAUCUUCCUGCCUAUACUGAGGUCACGGUAUCCUGUGGGACAAGGACUGGACGGCCACUCCAGUCACUCCCCUCCUACAGUCAUCAUCGGAGCUGUGACUGGUAUCUCGAUAGCAGAUUGAGGAAGUUAACCUAUUUGGUCACAGGAGCUGACUUAAUUCAGGUCACACUGGAAGAAAAAGAGAGUGUCGCUUUACCUACAUCAGUUCCUUCUGAUGCUGUCUUGAAAUGGUCGCACCCCGAGACAUGGAAUGAUGUGGGAAAAGGCUGGGGUGGAUCCAACAGCAGCAUCCCUGGCCCUGGGGAAGAUGUCAUCAUCUUACCUAACCGGACCAUCCUGGUGGAUACGGCUCUUCCCCCUCUGAGGGGUCUCUACAUCCUGGGGACCCUCGAGUUCCCUAGCAAUUCCAGCAACUUCCUGAGCGCUGCCUGUAUCGUGGUGGUGGGGGGCACACUGAAAGUGGGCUCUUUUCAGCAUCCGCUAGAAAGGGGUUUAAGGCUACUGAUCCUUCUUCGGGCAUCUGAGGGAAUUUACUGUGAUCGCCUGGAGGAAAUAAACAUCCACCCAGGAACUAUCGGGGUUUAUGGAAAGGUGCAAAUUCACAGUGCUUAUCCUGGGAGGUCUUGGACACAUCUGGGAACUAACAUUGCACCUGGCAAUGAAAGGAUUUUGGUGGAGGAUGAAGUGGAUUGGAAUCAUGGUGGGCAUAUUGUGAUCAGCUCGUCCUCUUAUGAAGCCCACCAAGCUGAAGUAGUUACACUUAAAGAAUUAAAUGGUCAUAGCAUUAGGAUUCAUGAACGCCUUCUCCACAGGCAUAUUGGGCGUUCCCAUGACACAGAAGAUGGUAGACACAUCCCUUUGGCUGCGGAGGUUGGGCUCCUAACACGCAACAUACAGAUCAAGUCUGAUGUGGCUUGUGGUGGGAGGAUGCUGGUGGGACAUUUUAGAGACUCCAGUGGAACAGAAUUUGAAGGUGUCCUUCAACUCUUAAAUGUUGAAUUUUUGAACUUUGGGCCUCCUCAGCUUUCUGCCAUUGAAUUCAGAAAUAUAACCCAAGGGUCAUUGGUGGUCUCAUCGAGCAUUCAUGGUAGCUGUGGAGGUGGCAUUAAAGCCAUCACUAGCAACUGGAUCUUGUUGCAUGAGAAUGUGGUGUUCGACACAGUUGGACCUGGCAUUGAUCUGGAAGGGCGAAAUCAUUCUCUCAUCAGAAACCUUAUCAUUCUUAGCAGGCAGCCAGAAGGGUUAUUAAACUGGGUUGCUGGCAUCAAGGUGAACCUUGUCAUCAGUGUCUCCCUCCACGGCAAUGUUGUGGCAGGAUCUGAGCGGAUUGCCUUCCAUAUCAGGGGUCAGGAGUGCUCUCUUGAUGGAGAUUGUUGCAGUGAAAAUGUGGCCCAUUCAAGUCUCCAUGGUAUUCAUCUCUACAGAGGAGACGGAUUUCAGACCUGCACUAAAAUCACAGGAUUUCUCUCCUACAAGAAUUAUGACUAUGGUAUCAUGUUCCACCUUGGAAGCAGUGUUAUCAUGGACAACAUAGUGCUGGUGGACAACACCGUUGGUCUCAUGCCAGUGGUGUAUUGUCUAUAUGCUGAGCAGUGCCACACAGGGAAAAGAUACAUAGAACUUAGAAACUCUGUCAUUGUCGCAACAAGCUCAACUUUCGACUGCAUCAAGGACAGGAUCAAACCUAUCUCAGCUGACUUAACUUCCAGGGAUCGACCACCGUACUACCCCCGCAGAGGCCGUGUUGGGAUUCUUUGGCCUACCUUUACCACCACAUUCGGCCAAAGGCCGGAUAACCCAUGGCACAAAGUUGGGCGUUGUCUGAAGGUACUGGGACUCAUGAAGCUAAAAGAGGUUACCUUCACUGGUUUUACAAAAAGCUGCUAUAGUGAAGACAGAGAUGUCUGCAUCAUGUCCAACGCUGACCAGUUAGGCAUCAUGCCUCUUAUCACAGCAGUGAGAUCGAGGAUGUUACAAGUCAACGAUAAGAAUAAAUUCUACUUUCAUCAGCCACCCACAAGUGUGCCUUCAUCUGAGGACAUCACACUCCCUGAGAAGAGAUGCAAAAGUUCGAGAAAGGCCCUUUUCAAGGAUUUGGAUGGAGGUGUCCUAGACCUAGAACCACCUGUUUCUGUUUUCCCAAAGUCAGAAUUUGAAUGGACGCAGUUCUACUCGCAAGCUGGAAUUUACAGAGAUGACAGCAAGUGUAUCUUCAAGCCCUCAGUACAAGGCUACUUCUGCAAGCAGACAGAUCAUGCACUUGUCAUUCUUGAAAACUUGGACUCCAGUACCAUCAGUCAGAGGCUGUCUCCAGUGGUAGCAAUGACUGGCAGCUUUAUGGAUACCUUCAGUGAUGUGGCUUCAAAUGCAUCGUGUUAUCUGGCAGAGCAUCCUCCUGCUUUCUCUUCUGUCUUGCCAUCCAACAAACUCACUACAGUUUGCUUCCCUGACCUACCACCUCUGACUUUCAGACUUUACCUGCUCAGUGGCCAAAACUCAACCAGGCUGCCCCUUGCUAUAUUCUACAAGGAACCCCUCAGCCUUCGUGUUUUCAUUCAAGGGAAGUAUGUCUCUCCAACCCUAUCUUCUUUCUCACUAAGUGAAGGGGCAGGAGCCAAUUACUUUAACUUUAAGGACAACCUUCUGCAUGUUCUCCUUCAUGAGAAGCAACCUGUAGAAAUAGUCACUGGACUUUCCCUUCACAUUGCUUUUUCUGUGCCUGAGACCAUUGGGGAAGAGGAUGAGGCAAGUGUAAUACAUCGAUUAGCUGAUUUCUUGCAGGUUGGUCAUGAACAAGUCAGAAUAGUCUAUCACGUGCUGGGAGGUGAAAGCAUGUUAAAAGUUAUCUCGUCCAAUGCUAGCAAAAGGAGAUAUCACUGCCCUAACAUGGCAUUUUGCACAGCCUCUCGUACCAGGGCUGGCUUACGGAAAGUGGGGAGAAGAUCAGUAAGCACCCGAACCCUGCAGCCCUCUGAUAAAGCUGUUCCAUCAAGAGUGCUGAUCAUUGAACUUGGUGAUCCACCAGGCCGUGCAAGAAGUGAAUUUCAUCGCUCCUUGACAAGUGGCAGCUUAAAAAGCUUGGCCAGAACUAUUAUCAAUGCUCAUCAAACUGGAGAUCUUCAGAGAGGCCUGCACUUACCAGUUGAUACUUUAAUGGUGACUCAGCCUGCCUUCCUGUCUCCAGGAGGAGAUAAUAACAGCAGACAAAACUCAGGAACUUGCUUGUAUGUGAGACCCUAUAACAUCUCUGUUCGGGUGCAGCCCUCAGAUGGAGAAAUGGAGAAACAGCUUCCUGUACAGCCACAAAUCAUUUUCCUGGAUAGGAAGGGUAAGAGAGUUGACCAGCUGGGGCUGCCGUCAGAGCCCUGGGUUGUAUCAGCUCACCUCAGGGGCUCCUCGGAGGCUGUGCUAAAAGGGCUCACUGAAGUACAGGUCAUAGAUGGACGUGCAAGCUUUACCAAUCUGGCUGUCUCCAGCUCAGGCACAAACUGGACCCUCAUAUUCACUGUCACAUCACCUCCAGGGGCUAAACUUACUGUGCUGUCUCAACCAUUUGCCAUCUUUCCUGUCCCCGUGGGAGAGAAGUCUAGCAUGAUCGUUGUUGUUAUGCUGAGUUCCGCAGCAUCCACACUCAUCCUUGGUCUUCUUGCAGUCUGCUGGCUCAAGAAAAGCAAAAGCAACAAAACAAGGACUGAGCAGGCUAAUGUGCCACAGCAGGCAAAGGCUAGUACCAGCGCACCCCAGACCCAGGCACAGCCUCGUUCAGCUGUCAUCCAGCCUUGCUGCAAUCGAGGAGAGAAUGAAAGCAGCAUUUCUGCAAGAGGAGAUAUGGAAGAAAAUGGAACAGUGGACAAUGUUAGAGGACAAUUAAAGGAACUGAACCUGCAGCCCCUUGAAGCCAGGUCAGAUGGAAAGACAAACACUGUCCAGUGUAAGGCAGGUCACAGAGACAUCCUUUCUACGGCGAGGAAAAAUGACAGUCACCAACAGCCCUGUGGAGGUCUGUCUCCUGGUGACUCUCUGGAACUGCAGCAGCGGGCUGUCCCAAGGCUCUCCAGCUGGAAGGAUGCUCCCCAGCCUUCAAAUGGACACAGUGAGGAAAGGGAGAAGGCUGAAAGGGUGCCAAAACUUCAGAAUGACAUCAGAGAAGAGGUUGCCAUGGGAGCAGCAGAUGUGUAGAAGUGACAUCAGGUGGUGGGACACCAACAAAGUAAGCCUUUCCUGGGUUGCAGUCAAUGCCAACCUGAGUCUCUUUUUUCUCAGUGGUCAGAGAAAAAUAUACACAUAUUAACACUGGAAACCAGUCUGUCAUGCUACACGCAUAUAAAUAAAACUAUGUCUAGACUUGUAACCUGCCUCUGAAGCCAGCAGGGAGGCUCUGGCCAUGUCCACGCUGUUGAACUUUCUUAGAGGCGUAUCCAAACUGCCUGUUAAGAAUAGUCCUUGGCUUCUGAUGUCUCUAAAACUGUCUCCAAGAACUGUUUGGGGAAGUACUAGCUGGUCCAGGUCAAAAGCAUUUGGGGAUUAGCCUAAGGUUUCAACACUACAGAUGAUCAAGUUCCUAUGUCCACACCCUGACACUGUUUAAUUUAUUAGCAUUGAUGUAGUCUUAGUGGCUAGAGCAAUACUCAUUGGGUGUGUGUGUGUGUUUGUAUAUGCAUACAUAUAUAUAUGUUUACACACACACACACGUAUGCACUAAUCAAUAGGAACACGUGUGUAUAUGUGCAUAUACACAUAGUAACUUGUACAAGAAUUUUCUUGUUUAUUCUACUCUUAUCCUUAGUUUGUGAUUCAAAGAACUUCUGUAUGUUCAUAAUUUUUUACUUUUCUGAGAAAAAAAAAAAUCUAAGCAUGUAUUCACCUUCCAUUUCAUUGUGACUUUAGCAAGCCCUUCCAGGCUAUCCUAGUUGAACCUAUGUUUAAGAUAUAUAUAUAUUUUAAAUUAAACGGCAUUUUCCCAAGUUAGAUCCUCACCAUGUUGUUAUUUUCUAAUACCUUUAAAUCACUGGCUUGUUGUGAACACUGCUCUUUAUGAAUGAUAAUAAUAAUAAUGAUGUGCUUCAGCUGUUCAGAAGAUUCCUCUGUGCUUUGCUUUACUGAGCUGAAAGAUGAGGAACUUUAUGACGCCCUCUCUGUAUCAUAAAAUUCUUGGUUGCAAGGUGCCCUGGUGGCGCAAGAUAAAAUUUAUAUUCCUCUACACAGCACAUAGUUAAGCAGGAAAAUGAGUUUUCUGGCCAGACCAACAGCAGAAACAGAAGUAAGAAAUCUCAACUUGAAAAAACCCAAGUUUCUCCAGCUGAAAGACACCUGCCAUGUAAAAGCUUCUAAAACUGGUUAUUAGUUAUAGAUGGAAGGAAUCAUUUCACCAAAGCUGGAUGUCUCUGCCAGUAAAGUCUUGAAAAGUGAUCACUGCUCUUGCUUCACCAGGCGUAAAGGUCUCUUUCCAGACUUCUCAGGUUCACAUCAAUUUAAGUGCUAAGGAAGCUCCAAUUUAUGUAUAAGUAUUGCCAUCCUGGCCCAUGCCCAAUAUGCUAUUGGCUUCCAAAGGUGUAAGUAUGCAUGUCCUGAACCCACGCUGAAGAGUGAAGCUGUGGAUAAACCCACUCCACGUGCUGGGAACAGGAUGCAAGAGGUUACUUCACAGAUUACAUCAAUGCUAAUACAUAGAACAGGCUACCUUCUGCCAUCUGACCGUGAGACCUAAUGGUGUAGCCAGUUCCUGUCUGUAGAACUUUACUUUCUUCCAUGCUGGAUGACUUCAUUUAUACUUAUUAUUGAGGACACUCCGUGGCCCAUGCAAGCUCCUAAACUGUGCACUGUCUGGUCAUUUUAUGAGUGAGAACUAACUGGAUCAGGAUGGAUAGUGGCAGAAUAGUACUUGAACCUCAACUGUGAACCUCUGAAGUCCUCUACUGAAAACUCAGUCAAGAGGACCAGUGCAUGUGUACCAUACUACCCAUGAAUCCCAGCCAAGGUAAGUAAAUCCUAUAUCAGAGGAAGUGGUCCUUAAAAGUAUGGCUCCUCUUCUGCCCCUAAGACAUAUGUAUAAAGGUUGAACACCAGCUGUGAUGCCAAGAAAAGGAGUCUGAGUGUCAGCUUAUUCCCCUUAAAGUGUUACCACUUGGCAAUAGCCUUCAGUCAUUACUUUUUCUUGUAGAUAUCUACAUAAGAAGCAGUCAACGUAGGCUGCCUUGUAACUCAGUGGCUCUGUUAUGUCUUUGAUUUAAUUUAGAUAUGUGCUUUAGGAUGAGAUGAAUUAUGUCCCAAAAGUUCCUAAUUCUCUCCAUCAACUGAGAAGACAGACUAGCAUGACUAGUUCAGAAGAAGACCUAUACAUGAAAUAAUAUAUAAUACCUUCCCCUCUUGCUCAUCCCUCAAACUGUGAUAAUGUAAGGCCUUAUAUGAAAGGACGGAAAGAGUCCAUGUUGCUGUUUGAUUCUGAUCAACGUGGAAAUAGUUGAAACAGUUGAACCGAAAGUAAGAGCUGAUUUUUACCUCAGCUUUUUAUGUCUACUUUUACCUCAGUUCCAUCCAGCUUCCUAGAGCUAACUCCCAUUUUAUUCAUAUUUUAGGUUAUUUUAGCUCCAUAAAGGAUUAUAACCUCUCCUUUACAUUUCCACUGGAAGAAAGUCACUAUACUAGUGCAAUGUCCUCCAUAUCACGUCAUCAUGGGUAGAUUCACUGGUGCCCUUGCACUAUGUAGAGUUUAUAAGUAUCAUUUUCAGGGGAAAUCAGAGUGAUUUCAUGCUGAGCCAGGCUUCUGUCUGACUAUGCUAGAACUCUGCUGGCUUAAAACAGCUGAGGGUGAAGGCCAUAUAAUCUUUCAUAAUAUGAACCUGGAAUUUUUUCCAUCAUUUCCUACGGAACCCAAAAUGUUUUUUAAUGCGAAUAUACACAGUAGAACUCUAAGUCUCAUGUUCAGGGUCUGAGCAAGAAGACAUAACUUGUAAAGAUAUUCAGCUCUGGUGAAAUGAUUUGGGCACCCUUUCUUUCCUUCACAACUCAUACCCAGUUUUAGAUGCUUUCACAUGGUAGGAGAUCCUUUUGUCUCUGCAGAGAUAAACUUCCACCAUCCCCUAAUCUCCACUCCCCUUAAAUAGUUCUACUCCUGGCAAAUGACUAUCACAUCCAAGCACUGUGAAAGCGAAAAGUGUAUAAUUACAAAUGUCGGAAUAUAUGUAAAUAACAUGAACAUAAUAUUGAAUGUAAAUGAUAUGCUAAAAUUAUACAAUGGAGCCUUCUAUUUGGAAAAAAAAGACA